AUGGGUAAUGCAGCAGCGGUUCAACGAGCCCAUGAUGACCAUGCACAUACGCUCCGCCAUGGCUCCUCUAAACACUCCCGCAACAUCGACAAGGAGCUGGCUAAAGAGAAAAACGACAACCAGAAUCGCUUCAAAAUCCUGCUGCUCGGCGGGGCGGAAAGCGGGAAAACAACCAUCUUCAAGCAGAUGAGAAUUCUUCACAUGAAUGGCUUCAACAAUGAAGACAUUGCCCGAUACCGACAUUGGAUCCACAACAACACUGUUGAAGCUCUGUUCGCCCUUUCAGAAGCCGCCAAGGCCCUGCAAUUACCUCCCGAACGGGCCCUUGAGGAAGAAUUACAGCAAUUCCUCCGGUUUCGCGCCGAGGCCCAACAAAAAGAAGCAGCGGAGGAAAAUUGGGAGAUAUCAGUGGCAAUGUCGAAGGUGAUGGUUCGGGUUUGGGAAAGUCAAAAUAUGCAUUUCCUCGAUGCACUGAUACGAAUCUGUGGCGAGGACUACCAGCCAAGUGAGCAAGAUAUUCUGCACUGCCGCUACCGUACAACGGGUGUCAGCGAGAUCAGUUUCGUCUAUCAAAAGAUUAACUUCCUCAUGGUGGAUGUUGGUGGGCAACGGACGGAGCGGAGAAAGUGGAUGCAUUGUUUUGAUAAUGUGGAUAUGAUAUUAUUUAUUAUUGCUAUAUCGGAUUAUGAUCUUUUGGAUCCGGAGGAUGAGAAAAGGAAUCGUAUGCUGCAAAACUUUGAAAUCUUCCGCACAAUCGUCACCAGCGAUUUCUUCCGCCACUGUGCGGUAGUCUUGUUCAUGAACAAAUACGACAUAUUCCGGGAAAAACUUACAAGAGCGUCCCUCCGAGGAUGCUAUCCAGAAUACAAAGGUGAUAACUCGGUUGAAGACGCGACAGCUUUCUUGCAAAAGAAAUUUCGACGCUGCAUCAGUGAUCGGCACAAGUAUUAUUCAUUCGAAACAACAGCCACCGACACCAACCAAAUUGAUCUCGUCUUUAGCAGCGCUGUUUCGCACAUAAUCAGCGAAAAUCUCCGUUCAACCGGCCUUCAUGAA